AUGAGGCGUAUUAAAGUGAGCAAUCCCAUCGUUGAGCUUGAUGGGGAUGAAAUGACUCGAGUUAUAUGGGCAAAAAUAAAAGAAAAGCUUAUAUUCCCCUAUUUGGAUCUCAAUUGCAUUUAUUUCGAUCUCGGCCUGCCUAAUCGAGAUGCUACGAACGACCAAGUCACCAUUGAUGCUGCUAAUGCUAUCAAGGAACAUUGCGUCGGGAUAAAGUGUGCAACCAUUACACCCGACGAGCAGCGUGUGGAGGAAUUUUCACUGAAGAAAAUGUGGAAGUCGCCAAACGGGACUAUAAGGAACAUUCUAGGGGGAACCAUUUUCCGCGAGCCUAUCAUCUGUUCAAAUAUUCCCAAUAUUUAUAAGGCGACCGAUUUAGUAAUUCCGACAGAAGGAGUGUUGGAACUACGAUUUACACCCAAAAACGGGGAAGCAGAAACGUUUCGUGUAUACGAAUUCAAAGGAACCGGUGGCGUUGGAAUGGCCAUGUAUAACACAGAUGAGAGUAUUUACGGUUUCGCGCACAGCUGUUUCAAGUACGCUAUUGAGAAAGAAUUGCCUCUCUACCUGAGCACAAAGAACACUAUUUUGAAGAAGUACGAUGGACGUUUCAAAGACAUUUUUGCUGAAAUCUAUGAGGCACACUAUCGUAAACAAUUCGAAAAACUUGGUACCUGGUACGAACAUCGACUGAUCGACGACAUGGUUGCACAAGCCUUGAAGUCCUCUGGGGGCUUUGUUUGGGCUUGCAAAAACUAUGAUGGUGACGUUCAAAGUGAUAUCAUUGCACAAGGUAUGUCUUUGUCUAUCCUUCUAAGUAGCAUGUACGGUUUGCUUUUUGAUGCCUUUCUACCCCUCUAUCCCGUAUUAUGGUAA